AUGCUGGCUUCUGGAGCAGUGACAAUCUGCAGCUGGAGCCCAGCCGUGGGCAAGCCCAGCAAGGAAGCAGCCACUGCUCAGGAGGUGGCCCCAGGAUCCGAGCUGAUGCUGAAAGGAGCCAGCCCAGCUGAUGCUGAACGACCCCAGGCUCCACCUGACGGGGUUGGCAGCCUCAUUCCUCAGCUCCUGUCCCCUAUAGAAGAGUUUCCCAAGAUCUGGCUACCUCGGCCCCUGAGGCAUACCUACAUCUGCAAGGUUGGGGACACAGUAAUACUAAUCCCAUUCCAGGGCAAGCCCAAACCUUGAGUCAUCUGGACACAUGAUGGCUGUACCUUGGAUGCCUGUCGUGCGAGUGUGCGAAAAGGGGAGAGGGACUCCGUCCUCUUCAUCCAAGAAGCCCAACGUGCUGACUCAGGCCGCUACCAGCUGAGUGUGCAGCUAGGCGGGCUGGAGGCCACCGCCACCAUUGACAUCCAGGUGAUCGAGAGGCCAGGCUCUCCUCAGAGUAUAAAGUUGAUAGAGAUUUGGAGCUUCAGUGCUACCCUGGAGUGGACACAUCCCCAAGACAUGGGCAAUACAGCACUCCUGGGAUACACGGUGCAGAAGGCUGACACAAGAUCAGGGCUGUGGUUCACGGUGCUAGAACAUUAUCACUGCACCAGAUACACUGUCUCCAACCUCAUCAUUGGUAACUCCUAUGCAUUUUGAGUCUUUGCUGAAAAUCAGUGUGGGCUCAGUGAGACAGCCCUGGUCACUUCUGACCUUGCCCACAUCCAGAAAGCAGGUAAGGCGUGGAGAUCCCAAGCGUUUGCCCAGAGAGAUUUCUCCGAAGCCCCAAAGUUUACCCAGCCUUUGGCAGACUGCUCUACAGUCACAGGCUAUGACACCCAGCUCUUCUGCUGUGUCCGUGCCUCUCCCAAGGGGAGUGGGGAGUUGUAGGGGGCUCCCAAGAUCAUCUGGCUGAAGAACAAGAUGGACAUCCAAGGCAACCCCAAGUACAGAGCCCUCACUCACCUGGGAAUCUGCUCCCUAGAAAUCCGCAAGCCUGGUCCCUUUGAUGGGGGCAUCUACAACUGCAAGGCCAUGAAUGCUGGGGAGGCCUCUGUGGACUGUCGAGUGGAUGUGAAAGCUCCUCAUUGAGGCUACCUAAGAGGACACGGUCAACUCUGAGGAAGGAAGCCUGAUUGUGACGAGACUGUGUUCUUUAGAAGCUCCAGCACAAUGUCUGGUUUGGCGUCUAAAUAAACGUGUGGAUCCUCAAUGCAUAUGGGUCCAUCUGUUUGAGCCUUUCUACAUAGGAAAAACAUUUAGAAAGUUGGAAUCCUUUGCCAGACCAUAUGGAAUCUCAGGACCUCCGAUUCCUCUUUCCCUUCCCACAUCUAUGUUCCUUUCCUCAUUGUCCUUUUCCUUAGAUAAUCUAUGACAGAACUGAAUUAAACUCUAUACAGACCAAAUGCUGGAAAGAGAUGUUGAAGAUGACUUGCUCUCUCCCUCUAUGGGCUUUCCAGGGUAAGUCGGGAGGACAGGAUGCACAUCUAUCACAAAGACACGGAUAGCAGUACACAUAAAUCUGUGCAUAGCUGAUUAAAGACAGAAAACCUAAUCCUGAGAGCUGGGAUGAUACUGGAGAAACUGGAACACAGUUACAUUAAGCCCUGGGGAAAGAGGUGGUGGCCAGUAGAACAACUAAGAGAUUGAAGGUACUCUGUGAAGAGUGUGCAAAAGAUGGCCACCAAGAAUUCCUCCCCUCAUUGUAUGGGCGUGGUGCUUUUCCCAUUAAGAGGUGAGUCUAUUU